CUGGAGUAUCAAUCAACAAGAAUUUUGUUGACCAUCUUUAUAAUUUGGUUUCGUCUCAUGCUAUCCGUUCAUUUCUCCUUUUUUUUCCGGCCCAAAAGAGAUAGACAUAUAAUAGGAGAGUGGUGCUGUAUCAUCAGCUCGUGGCAAAGCCGUCCUCAUAAUACUACUACGUUAGUUAAUACUACUCUAGAUAAGAGCUGAUAGGUGAGUUCACCACCAACAGAACCAGCUUUCUUUUUGACCCCUCCCAAAAAAAUUAAUAAAAUAAAAAAAAAUAAACACCCCUGGCGGGCUACAACGAUUCCCUUCCAGAUUCCCCCACUUGGAUCGACACACAUGCAAUUCCAGACUGAGAGUCGCAAACAAAUGCUCGGGUCUGCCCCUGUCUGCUUGCAUUGGGUUCCAUUGCCAAAUUGGCGGUGAAUCCAGCCUUCCGAAUUCAAACCCUGCCACAUGCUUGUACCAAAUAUUGUUGUGCCAAUAAACACUAAUAACUACUACCCGCUUCCCACAGAUAGAUAUAUACACUCGUUGGCUUCGAAUAUUUUCUUUACCUGAACAACUUUCUCUAUAGCCUCACCACCACGAUACCCCCUCCCCCCCAUUGUCGUUCGAAAUCAUGGCCUCCCGUCCUCAGAACAUUGGCAUUAAGGCCAUCGAGCUUUACUUCCCUAGCCAGUAUGUCGAGCAAGCCGAACUCGAGAAGUUCGACAAUGUUAGCGCUGGCAAGUAUACCAUUGGUCUUGGUCAGACCAAGAUGACCUUCUGCGAUGAUCGAGAAGACAUCUACUCUAUGGCUUUGACUGCCACCUCCAAGCUGUUGAAGAACUACAACAUCGACCCUAACUCUAUCGGCCGCCUCGAGGUCGGUACCGAGACUAUCCUCGACAAGUCCAAGUCUGUCAAGUCUGUCUUAAUGCAGCUUUUCGGCGAAAACACCAACAUUGAGGGUGUGGAUACCGUAAAUGCCUGCUAUGGUGGCACCAACGCUUUUUUCAACACUGUCAACUGGAUGGAAUCUUCCGGCUGGGACGGAAGAGACGGUAUUGUCGUGGCUGGCGAUAUUGCUCUCUACGCCAAGGGUAACGCCAGGCCGACCGGUGGUGCCGGUUGCAUUGCCCUGCUGAUCGGCCCUGACGCUCCCAUCGUUGUCGAUGCUGGUCUGCGUGGAACAUACAUGCAGCACGUAUAUGAUUUCUAUAAGCCUGACCUUACCAGCGAGUACCCGUACGUUGACGGCCACUACUCGGUUAACUGCUACAUGGAAGCCCUCGACGCUGCUUACCGAGCGUAUUGCAAGCGGGAGGCUCAGCUAAAGAACGCAGCAAAUGGUCAUGCUAACGGAAACGGAAACGGUGCCGCCGCCGCUGACGGAACCAAGACGGCCCUUGACCGUUUCGACUAUUUGGCUUUCCACUCUCCUACGUGCAAGGUCGUCCAGAAGUCCUACGCACGUCUUUUGUACCACGACUACCUUGCCGACCCUGAUAGCCCUGCCUUUGCCGAGGUACCUGGCGACAUCCGAGAUAUGGACUACAAAAAAUCCUUGUCCGACAAGGUGGUCGAGAAGACCUUCAUGGCUCUUACCAAGAAGCGCUUCAACGAGCGUGUUGGCCCCUCUAUUCAAGUGGCUACCAACUGUGGUAACAUGUACACUGCUAGCUUGUGGGGCGGUCUGGCUAGCAUCAUUUCCUACGUUGAUAGCGCUACCCUUCAGGGAAAGCGUAUCGGACUUUUCAGCUACGGCUCCGGUCUCGCAGCCAGUUUCCUAUCGGUGCGUAUUAACGGAAGCACGGAACAGAUUGCCAAGGUUUUGGAUAUCCAGAACAAGUUAGAUGCCAGGCGGGCUGUCCCUCCUGAGACAUACGAAGCUUUCUGCGAGCUGCGUCACAAGGCUCACUUACAAAAGAACUACACCCCUCAAGGUGACGCGUCCACUCUGGCUAGUGGCACCUACUACCUUGAAAAGGUCGACGACAUGUUCAAGCGAACCUACUCGAUCAAGGAAUAAAUAAAAACGGAAAACUAAUAAAUGCGAUCUACAUCCUAUAUAGACAGGUAUUAAUCAGCCGGGAUACUAGCUAGACUGGUGUGGUUGGCGAUUCCUAGACUUAAGGCUUACGGCACGAAUAUCAUGUAUACAGACAGCAUGGAAGACGAUUGUGAAAUAAGGGGGCUACUAAUAGGGUUGGGUGACGAUUGGCGAUUGCCCGACUUGUAUAUACUAGGAAUAAUUCCUGUGAUGAUUCGCAUGAAAAGCUUAAUGAAGACGCCGAUAGAGAGCCGAACAACUGCGUUCGAGACAUGAUAUAGUUGACGAUCGAGUAAUGUGUAUGACACUAUCGUGCUAUGAUAUAUGGUUAAUGUCAUCUUGUGUUAUGACUGAUUUCAUUCCUCAGUUGUUGGCUUGGCAUUUAAG